UUUUACGGUCCAUGCUUAUACCACAGACAGUGUAGAGCGACAGUACUACUUGUUCUUGGGUAACGUGAUGUUGCAUAUACAUAAAUGCAGUGGCAAUAUUUUUUAACGUAUAUUUUCAUUGGCUUUUUCAAAUUGAUGACACACCCACCCUCUCUCUGAUUGGUGUGUUACAGACAGCACCUCAGCUGGUCAUAUGUGGCGUGUAUCCUUUUGUGGGGCUGCGAUUAGAACAGAAGGCAUGUGUCGGGCUGUAGCAUGAAUUAUCAUUUGUUUGCAUGCAAGUUACGUUUUACUUUUUCCGUUUAGUGUAAUAUUAAUAUUACUGGUUGAUCUCGGUUGAUGGAGUAGGCUGCAGCUGUGCUACAAUGGACGUCAUUCUGAAACUUCUGUUCUCAUCAGAGACCAUGGAACUGUAUAUCUUGGACUGUCUCGCUUACAUUAUGAUAUCUAUGGCAUUUCUAACUUUUGUAACGUUACUUUUUGAGAAUGUACCCUAUGGAAGGUACGCCUCCAGUAGAUACGGAUUUCCCGUCAACGUCAAAUUUGCCUGGUUUGUACAGGAGCUUCCGGCAUUCCUGGUACCUUUGUGCCUGGUCUUCUUUACCUCAGCGUCAAGAACAUCCCACCUGCCUAACCAGUUACUUUUGUGCAUGUAUUUUUGCCAUUAUAUACAAAGGUCUCUCAUAUACCCGUUUUUAAUUAGAGGGGGGAAGUCCACACCUUUUCUAUCCUUUUUACUCGCCAUUGUGUUCUGCAUGUACAAUGGCUACCUCCAAACAAGAUACCUGAGCCAUUAUGCGGAGUACCCUUCAGACUGGGUUACACAUCCCUUUUUCAUCUCAGGUGGCAUCCUUUGGUUGGUUGGGUGGGUCAUCAAUGUGCACUCAGACCACAUCCUCAGGAAUCUCCGAAAACCUGGAGAGACUGGCUACAAGAUCCCUAGAGGCGGCUUGUUUGAGUUAGUUUCUGGAGCAAACUUCUUUGGGGAGAUUAUAGAAUGGGCAGGAUUUGCUCUGGCUGGUCAUUCUAUCCACAGCUUGGCGUUCGCCAUCUUCACUAUGGUUGUUCUGUCCUGCAGGGCAGUGGCACACCAUAAGUGGUACCUCACAAAAUUUGAAGACUAUCCCAAAUCAAGAAAAGCUCUAUUGCCUUUUGUUUUCUGAUCACGUGUCAUUUACUGGACUUUUCUAAACCAAACCGCCUUCUGAAUCUUACUUUGCAACAGGAACAAGCAGUAUUUCACAUUAUUUCCAUAAACCUCUCUUUGAAGAGAAUAUCAGAUGUUUUUUUUAUGCUGUGAAAUUACUUCAUGCAUCGACACAGUAUGAAGCUGUGAGUAAGAAAUUGGGUUUUGCUUGAACAAAUUUACACCGUGGCAGCGUGAAGAUUUUUUUCAAUGAGGAUCUCAAUUCUUACAAGCAGAACAAAAUACUAAAUCUGAGGUUGAUGUGACACUUCUCUUUGAAGUUGACAUUGAACGAGCCGAACCAGUAUCAUGAGGGAUGUCGGUGUAUAUCUGGCCUUGGGCCUCUAAUAAGUCCUGUGGUGUUUUGAGCAUGCUGCAAAGUUCCCUGUUUUUUUCUCUUGAGGAGAUUGGUUUGGUGAAAUGUCACUGUCCAACAAGGUCUGUGGAAAGGAAGGUAUAAUUGCAGGCAUGUGAGUCUUUGGAGCAACUUUGGAGAAUCAACUUUGUUUCGGCCCACAGGUCUUCAUCAGGGCUAAAACCACCCAUGUUUCAGACCCCAUCAAAAUACUUUUUUCACAUUAAUCAGAUUCUUUUAUACAUAGCGACUUGUAUAGAAGGGUACAUAUAUUCAUUUUGAUCAGUGUGUGUGUGUGUUCCCUGAGUGUACAAAGGUGUCUUUACUCAUCAUGUUAAUAAAUAAUUCAAAGAUUGUCUUUCCUAACCAUGUGAGUGAAGGUGGUUGCUGGUAACAUCAGGGCAGCUGUAAGCAGCUGUAGAGGUCAGCCUGGCUGGGGCUGAAGAAAGGGGCUGCCUGCCUGCCCGGCUGUACAGUCAUCUCCAGGGGCCCUCAUUCACCAACCCCACAUGACUGCUCUCUGUCAAGUCACUAACAGACUAACAGUGCUAGCAAACAGAACUUUUGUUAAACAGCAUGUUAUCUUUGAAAUGAUUUUAUACUUGCUCUGAUUUAGGAUGGCAAGCAUAGCGGAUUGCUAGAUGAAACCGUUGGACUAUGUGAAGAUUGAGUGAGUCACUUCUUGGACACAAUAAAAGAAAAUGACGGACUAUUUAAAUUCUUAUAUUUAAUCUUAAAGUAACAAAAUGUUUGUGACCAAGUAUUUGGGUUCUCAACAUUUGAUAUUUUGAUAGUUAAAAGCUGUACCAUCAGCAGGCACUCAUUGUUUGUGACUUUGAGCUCAGAGCAGUCCAUGUCAGUUAUUUACCAUCAAGAAGACAAAUGAUGUCUGCUGAGGUUACACAAAACACUAGGCCUAUGUCAACACAGACGGUUUCUUUUUGCUAAUAAUUGUGUUUACUUGAAAGGGACGUUUUUAUGUGAACUUGUAAAGGGUAAAUAAUUGAGAAAAAAUGUAAUGUCUUUACUAUGUGCAUACUGUGAAAUAGUUUGUCAUUUAAUCAUUCUUUUUCAGUUUUACAAAUUAUUUAAUAUGAUAUUGAGAAUUAUUUUUUGCUUAUUUUAUUUCUGAUGGUUGAACAUGUACAUUAUUAACAAUGUCCUAAUAGAGUAUUGCUGAAUACUGCUGGUGAUUUAGUGUAUGUUUUUUGUCAUGAAAUGAUGUUUAAGAACAAAUGCAGUAUUCAUCUACAGUGACUCUAUGUAUUAUUUAAUUAAUUAACUGUUUGCUUAAUAGAAUACAGAUCUAUGGUUUACAGUGAGAGAAAACAGAUGUGUUUUUAUUAUCUAUUUCUUAAUGGGACAAACAUAAAUUAUAUAUCCAAUUUUAUAAAAACUUUUCAUUGGUA